AUGUUUUAUUCAGAAACUCUUCUCUCAAAAACAGGGCCGUUGGCUCGUGUUUGGCUCAGCGCCAAUUUGGAGCGAAAACUCUCCAAAACCCACAUUCUACAGUCUAAUAUCGAAACUUCAGUUGGCGCAAUUGUGGGUCAAGAUCAAGCCCCAAUGGCCUUGCGUCUGAGUGGUCAACUGCUCUUGGGAGUUGUCCGUAUCUACUCGCGAAAGGCUAGGUACCUACUUGAGGACUGCAAUGAAGCUCUGAUGAAGAUAAAAGUGGCUUUCCGACCUGGAAAUUUCGAUCUACCAGCUGGCGCUACGUCUCAUACCGCCGCACAGCUCACCCUGCCUGAUGUCAUUACUGAGCUCGACUUACUUCUUCCGGACCCUACGCUUGACCUUGGCGACCUUGGCCAACUUCCUUUCGACUCUGACGCACACAUUUCAAGCAAUGCAAAUAUCACCUUGUCAGACGAAUACUUCCUGGACUCCAUCGACCGUGGCCGUGGACCUGGAGCGGAGGCGCAGGACGAUUUUGAGAACGGACUACUCGACGAUGACUUGAACCUCGACGUCGACGCGGAUGAGGAGACAACCCCAAGGCCCGUCAGAACAAUGAUGAGAGCUAAGAGUGAGGAACUAUUGUCCGAAUCCGACUUUGCUUCGGAAAUUGGAAGAAGGGCCCCGGCGCCUUUGGAGGAUGACCUCAUGUCAGACAUUAGGAUGGAUGAUGCGGGUAACCUUGGAUUCUCUGACGCUCCAAAGCAGCCAGAGUCUGAGAUUGGUCUCGAGGAAGACUUGAGAUUGGGCUUUGAGGGCGAUGAGGAUACAGGCAUGGGAUUUGGAGGUGAUCUAGGUUUCGGGGGCGACGAGCAGGAAGGCGAUCUUACGCUCCUUGGCGCUCAGAGCGAGGUUCAGAGGAGGUCACCAUCUUUGGGUGGCGAUGCAACUCCUCGCGCUCAAUCACCCGGCCUUGAUAUCGGGCGCUUUGAGCGAGCAGAGUCGUCCCCUUUGUCUUCAGUCCGUAGCAGUGUAGACCGUGAGCUUGAGGGGGAAAUCAAAACCCAUGGUGAUAUGCUCAAUAUGAGUUAUCUGGAUGAUACCCUCCGUCCUCUGAGCGAGGAGCCAGAGCCAGAGCCAGCUGUUCAUCACCAGCGAUCAGUCAGAGGCCGAAGAGUCCUAAUUGACGAUGUUACUGAGAUCCGCUCUAACCAGAUUAAGGCGCAACAAGAGGAUCGAAGCAAGAUCUUGAGGGAGCCAAGCUUCUUGCCCAGAGACCCAACAUUGUUGGCGCUAUUGAGCUUGCAGAAGUCUAGGGGAUUUGCGCAAAAUGUGUUCUAUCCCAAGAACAUCGCACCUGAGCUAGCAAGCUUAUUGAGCCCGGAGUUCGUCAAGAGGAUGGCCGAGCUGAAGAGGAAGAGAGAGGACCCAGAUGAGGUUGUGGCCGAGGAGGCACGCAGUGCGUCUAAGCAGCCCAGAUUGAACAUUGAAGAUGAGGAGGAAAUUUUGGCGCCAAUGGACGAGGACGAGCGGGCCGGCAGCGGAGACGAGGGCGGCGCUGGCGACGAGAUGUUUAUGCUUCCAGAGGACGAAACAAGGAUCGAGCACGAGCUGGGAGACGAUACAUUUUCCAUCCGCGGCGCUGAAACAGAACACGCACCAAUGACCCCGGGCAUGCCAAUGGCCGCCGACGAGGAUGAUCAACCAUUUACACCUGGGCCUGAAGAGGAAUCCCACAUGCCCCCGACUUCCACUCAACCCAUCUCAAAGCAAACGCAAGCAGCGGUUCACCUUCUCCGUGAACAAUUCUCGGAGCCCAUUGGAAAGAAAUCCGCAAAGUUUUUGGAGCUUCUCCCCCACGCCACCACCACACGGACUGAUGCAACAAAGAUGUUCUUUGAGGUUCUCGUGCUCGCAACCAAAGAUGCCAUCAGCGUAAAGCAAACAGAGGGCUUUGGGGACAUCUCCAUCAAGAGCAAGAAAGCUCUGUGGGGCGAAUGGGCCGAGGAGAGAGACGAGCAGCAAAUUUUGGAGGAGGAAGAGAAGGAGAAGGAGCUCGAGCAGCAGAGAGAACGGGAAGGUGAAGGAGUCCAGCAGAGACACCUUGUGGUUGGUGUCGGACGAGGAGAGGGCGCCAGCGCUGUUGCGGCUUAA